GUAUUUGAAAUAAGUUAAUCCUGACUAAAAUACAGAGGUCACAAAGCCAGCUUCCUUGUAUGAAUUAUAUUUUGGCCAUCAGUGGUAUCUAGACGCGACGGAAAAUUACCACCACGUUGGUGAGCUUGCACCGGAGAAAGUGAUCGCAGACAAUUAGUGCCUGUCAUAUUACUAAAAGCUGAAGCAUAUUAGACCAUUCUAUAAAUGGUCUCAUUUACAUUCUUGACUUUGGCCAUCGACGGUAAAACACAAAAAAAGUGUGUUGAUCCAGACAUAGUAUGCUCUUAACAGGUGCUUGGAAUGAAGAAUGGUGAAGUCUGAACCUCUUGGUUAUUAACAUCUGUAUAUUCGUUUCAACUGCGAUUUUCAGUGCAGUGUUUUCACUACCAGCUUAUCAUGGCUUCGAAUGCAAUUGAAAUAUUUGAAGUUCAACUCGACCAACCGAAUCGCGUGUUUUAUCCUGGCGAGACUGUUAGCGGUCGGGUUAAAUUGCACCUAAAAGAACAUUCGAAGAUCAAGGAAUUGCGACUAGAAUGCCGUGGUGAAGCUUAUGUGAACUGGCCUGAAUAUUCAGGCAGUCACACUCGCUACCAUUACAACCGAGAACGGUUCUUCAGCACGAUGGCGGUGAUUUUAGGCGAAGGAAAGAAUAAGAAAAAUGGUAUGAACUCUCCUACUUUCAUUUCGGAAGGAAGUUACCGGUUCUCGUUCAAGUUUAUCAUUCCCGACAAGUAUCUUCCUACGUCUUUUGAGGGUCGCCACGGCAACAUACGAUACUGGGCGCGAGCAGUCAUUGAAAGAGGUCUGGGUAAGAAAAACAUCAAGACGAAGCCAGCACAGUUUCUGAUUGGUGAUUACGUGGCGCUUGAGGACUUUGAAGAUGUAUCGGACCCUGUGAUCGAGGAAGACUCACGAACUUUAGGAUGGUCUUGUAUGGCUUCCGGGACGUUGGUAAUUAGAGCAGAGAUCGACCGAGGUGGUUUUAAACAAGGAGAUGAUAUUAACAUCUCUGUCCUGGUUGCAAAUGAGACAUCUCGUAAUGUGGCUUACACUGAAAUGUCUCUCAUUCAACGAGUACUGUUUGUGGGUGUCGAAGGUGGUAAAACAUUCAGUGACCAAACAGUAUGUUACGUAAGAAAACAAGGAGUUCUUAGCGGGUGGGAACAAGAUUUUCCCAAUAUAUCACUUUCAAUUCCACCAAAGACCUACCCCACUCUGAUAUCGUGCAAAUGCAUAGCAGUCCUUUAUUUCAUUUUGAUCAAAGCGAAAGUUAAAGGAAAGCUAUCAAAAGACGGCUACCUUGAAAUACCCGUUGUUAUCGCGUGUUCAGAUGACCAGUCAGAAAUGCUGGCUCAGCUGAGCACACAGGCGAACAUGACGUCCCAGAAACCAAAACGACGAAAAGGAACCUUCUUCUGUAUCACAGGAAAUACCUCUCUGAUGGGGGGACUUAAUAGUUCAAAGUCAGAGUACUUCAAAGAGGACGAAAAUGAUCAAUACGUUUUCAGUCCAACGUUCAGGUCUGUGGGAAGCUAUGAAGGCACCUUUACAGAUAUUGCAAAUGUCUACAAUUCUAGAAACGGGAAAAUUCCAAGAGGGAAAGUUUCGAUUGGCCACUAUACUGAGAAUUCAAAUGUAGCUCGUAACGGUCGAGUUAAACUGGUGAGUGUAGUUUGAAUGAUUAAGAGAAAUAUUACUGAUAAAAACCACAGUCAGAUCUGAAGGUUAUUUUGAAACAAGAAAAAUUUCGUAAAACGGUACCUUUCUGGAAAUAUAGAAAGUAUAACUGAGGAAUGGAAAUAUAUGAAUUGGCAACUGGUAAGUCCAAACAUUGGAAUGGGAAAUACAAUCCAAAGAUCAGCCAAAGCUAAAGGAAUUUUUCAAGGUGUUUGUGUAAACCUAAAGUAUCGGAAACAUGAGUGACAAAAUCAUUAUUGACUUUUAUCUCAUAUCCAACUGAAUUAGAAGGCAGAACAAUCUUUUCAGAUCCUCGAUAGGGCAGAGUUUAGAAACAAUUAAAUAGAUGAAAAAGAUAAAGAUAGUGAUCAAAAGAUUUCAGAUUACCUGGUAGAUAAUUUAUCUACAUUUGCUACCCUGUGAAAUGCCACGUUGGAGGUGGGUGCCAUGCUGUAGAAUGAAAUUUAAGCGGGAUCGCGGCAUAUUUUUGUCUUUGAAAUUUGGUAUUUUGGGUUUAUUAAUUAGAAAAUGAAUUUGAUAUGUAAAAGAGUUCAGAUUUUUUGGUCGAUAUAAUUGUGGUUAAUAUGAUAUUUCAUAUAUUUAAAAAAGGGAGAUAAUUUUUAUUUUGCUGAUCAGCAAUUUGUUUAUAAUGACGUACAUUUAUCUAUAGACCAUUUCAAAGAAUGUGCUCAAUGAAAGACAACAAUCUUUUAAUGUUCUCAACACACUGCUGAUUGUAAAACAUUCAUGAACUUAUUUACAAAAUUUGUCAUACAUCUGGUAAUUCAAGAACGUAACAUUCAGUACAUAUUGUAAAUAAACAAUUGUUGAAGCGGGUUUUAAUAUCAAUAAUGCAUGGCGGUUU